UGAGCGCUGGAGAGCUGGAAGAGAAGGUCGAGGAGGAAGACCAAAGAAAUCUCUUUGUUCGUGACAUGUGGAGACAAUAGAAAGUACCUCAGCGCAGCAUCACUGUCCGAUCAGCGGUCAAAGUAGAGGAGAGGAGCAAAAGAAAAACGGAGAGCCUGAUCUUUCCCCCGCUUCAGCACCGCAGGGAGGAGACACGCAGAGGAGGAAAGAUUCCCCUAAGCGCAGUGAGAGCGUCGGAUGAGGAGAAGAGGAGAGCGGAGGGCAUCGGAUAGGCAACAACAAGGAUGGCAGCUCCAGACUUAUUGGACCCUAAAUCCGCCACUCACAACACCAAGCCCCGCCUCUCCUUCUCCACAAAGCCAAUCACACUGACUCCCCGGGAGGAGAGUGAGGUGGUUGCCACAGUGAUGAAAUGGAAGACGGUGACCGCCAUCUUUCUUUUGGUGGUUCUGUACCUGGUGAUGGGAGCAGCAGUCUUCAGAUCCCUGGAGCAGCCUCACGAGAGUGCCCAGCGUUUGGCCAUCCUGUCCCAGAAGCUGGAGUUCCUGUCCAGACACUCCUGUGUGAACCAGAGCCAGCUGGAGGAGCUGGUGAAGCAAGUGGUGUCUGCGAUCCGUUCAGGAGUGAACCCUGCGGGGACACUGACCAAUCACAGCAGCCUGUGGGACCUGAACUCUGCCUUUUUCUUUGCUGGGACUGUCAUCACAACCAUUGGUUUUGGGAACAUCUCUCCUCACACAGAAGGCGGAAGAAUAUUCUGUAUCGUCUAUGCGUUGCUAGGGAUCCCUCUGUUCGGCUUUCUCUUGGCUGGUGUAGGAGAUCAGCUCGGCACCAUAUUCGGCAAAGGCAUUGCCAGAGUGGAGAAAAUGUUUGUGCACUGGGACAUCAGUCAGACAAAGAUCCGGGUGAUCUCUACCCUGCUGUUUGUGUUGUUUGGCUGCCUGCUGUUUGUGGCGCUCCCAGCAGCCAUCUUUAAAUACAUCGAGGGCUGGUCUGCGCUCGAGUCCCUUUACUUCGUGGUCAUCACCCUGACUACCAUUGGAUUUGGGGACUUUGUAGCAGGUGGGUCAGAAAUCGAGUACUUGGAUUACUAUAAACCAGUUGUAUGGUUCUGGAUUCUGGUGGGACUGGCCUACUUUGCUGCCAUCCUCAGCAUGAUAGGAGACUGGCUAAGAGUCAUCUCCAAGAGGACGAAAGAAGAGGUAGGAGAGAUCCGUGCUCAUGCUGCGGAGUGGACGGCCAACGUCUCAGCAGAGUUUAAAGAAACUCGUCGGCGUGUUAGUGUUGAGAUCUAUGAUAAGUUCCAGCGUGCAGCGUCAAUUAAACGCAAACUUUCCACAGACCUGGGAUUCAGCCCUGCCCCUGAAGUCGCAAUGCCCAAGAGGACUGUGUCGGUCAAUUUCAAUGAGGAACGGGACAAGAACGAGAAGGAGACCGGGCUGCAGGGCUUGACGACACCUCUGGCCAGAAACGGCAGUUUGUUCAUGAACGGUUUGGACCCAGAGAGAGGAGAUAUCUCAAUCAUUGAACAUCUCAAGUAGAAAGACGAUGGCCUUUAAAAAUCCUUCUAAGGCCUUUCCAUUUGCUGUCACUGAUGGCAUCAGUACUGAGACCAGAGUUUCUUGACCAAAUGAACUGUUUCUAUUCACAAAUUAGGUAAUAGCGAGAAUGUGGUACUUUGUGACCCCAGCAGGGACAUGGUGACCCCUCUACAGGGAGGCUGGAGUAAAAGCCUUGCUCAACAACACUCCAGUGGAUUGUUGACAACGGGACACCUUUCUCACCUCUCCACCCUCGUCCCAACAGUGCAACAAAGAACAAGAAGAACAUAUAGUGCAUGACUUGUCCAAAACUGCAUUUAAUGGGUGUCUGUCAACCAAAUCUCACUCAUAUCUGGGAAAAAAGCCAAGUUGUCAUGUAGUAGUUAAAAUUUGCUGAAUGACAAUAAAAUGUUACAUAUCGAACAUACUGUAUAAAAAAAAUAACAGCAUUUGGUGACCUAAUAUUGAAUAGUUGCAAGAAUGUCCGAGGUGCCUGGCUAUGUUUGCACCAUUUUAAAAUUUCCAACUUUAACUAUUUAGGAUGUACUACACAGCUUUUCAGCUUAUAAACAAAUUUUUGUUUGUUUGUUUUAUUUUGAUUUUUUUGUUUUUUUGGGGGGGUUGCUUUCUUUGUUUGACAGUUGAUAGCAUAGAGGCAGACAGGAAACACAGGGAGCGAGAGAGAAAGUAUGACGUACAACAAAGGUACCAGACUAAAAUCAGAUCAUGAACGGAGCGGUUAUAUGGUAUGUGGCUGUUUGUCAUCUGAAUGCAGAAGAACACUGACAAGUAGGAUGUCAACCUCAUAUGUCAAAUCAAUGACAUGUAAGAAGUAUUACAUACAUGAUGGGAUGUGAUGACAUCAGAAUGGUAAAAGUUAGAGAAGGGGCUGUCUGAACUACAAAGGAGGAGGACAUUGAUCAAGCUACAAACUGAACACAGAGAACCUGUGUGGAGUCUGGAUAGCAGGUCCUUUACAUUUAGACUGAGCUCACAUUAGAGCAUUGUUUAUUGAUUUGGGAAAAGACCAUAGUUGCUGCACCAAAGUUUUUCUAAAACAUAAAACUUGAAAGCCUCUGUAGUUUUAAACUCCAAAACUGUUUGUAAUUCAAACAAUUGGAUUGGCUUAAAUAAGUAAACAUUUUUUUAUCUGAAGCUUUUUUGCCAGUCAUCUCUAUGACUGUUUUAUAGAGUAGCUCAGAUAAAUUAUGUUUUACUUUAUCAGUUUUGUCACCAGUGGUGUAAAAAUCACAUGCUAGUUUGCUAACAGAUAUAAUUUGUUUUUAAUAUAGUUUACUUCCACAGUUUGUGUGGUAAAUGUUCCAAUCUACAGAAUUAGAUUCACAGAUUUUUAAAACAGAUUUUUAAAGCCAUGACUUUUUCCUGUUACUGUUGCCAAAUAUUAUUUUCAUUUCAAUGUAAAACUUCUUUCCAAUGAUUCAAGCAGGCUGAUGAGUAACUAAACACUCACCUGUAGUUUGGCCAGAUUGGAGGGUGAGUAGCUUCUGAUAAGAGCCAAUAAUCAAAAGGGUCUAACCUCUGUGGUUUUUAGUGGCAGCCAUGUUAGUCCUACAAUCCUGUUGUUCAGAAAGGAAGUCUUACUACAACUGUAGAUCUUUUUGCAAUGUGUUGAUAGAGGGCACCAUUACAUACAAUAUUUGCAACUAACUCUUCUCAGUUUUAGAGGAGAGGCAGAAGCUGCAUGUGGUUUGAGGAGUGUCUCUCUCUCUGAUUAUUUGGAUGUAAUUUUAAAAGAACUGAGAGCACUGAUCUCUGAGCUCUGUGAGAUUUGUAAAACCAUUCCUGUGCCUUAAACGCUUUACUUUGCCUGCAAGGCCAAGCUCAGGACACUAUGAGGUGGACCAAUGAUUUCACAAGUGUUUAUAUGCAGUGAUCUGAUACGUCAAUCAGUAAAAAUUGGGUUUACUUGAACUGAGGAAAAUUAGGUGUUUCAUAAGCGCAGUGAUGAUGGUGAAUCCUGUCUAACAAAUAUAAGUCAGUUGUUCACUCUCAUGAUGUUCUGCUGGCCUGGAUCCACAUGUGAUCAUAUCUAUCCAAUAAUUUGUCUUUUCUAUAAUAAUAUAAUUUGUAUGGCUCAGUGGAUCAAGUAAGUAAACUGUUGCAGGCUUGACUGUUUUAUUUUCUACAGUGGCUGGAAGCAGUAAAUGAAUGAUGCAGUGCCCAUUUGAACCAAUUGGUCAACCAUUAAAAGGUUUAUCUAUGUGAACUUUUUAAUCAUUUAUGAUUCUAUCUUGUAUCAGAGUAUUAUAUCCAGCAAACAUCCACUUUCAGCUGAGCAACCCAAAGCUGCUAAAACUAAUAAUAAUAAUAAUAAUAAUAAUAAUGAUCUGAGUUGUACAACCACACGUGUUGCACAAACAACCUUUGAAUCUUUAUAUCUCAUUGUGAACUGUCAGACUUUUGGCAUCCUGGAAAACAUUAUAGAAAAUCAAACCAUACCAUUAAUGUUGCAUUAUUGAGGUGUGAUAUGGUUUGAUAGGAGGGUUCACAGGUGCAGACAAUUACAGUGCAAGAAUAAAUUCAGUUUUAAUACCCAGCUUACACACACACACACACACACACACACACACACACACACACAUACACUGAGGGUUUGCUUCCAUGUGUAUGCCUGCCGUUGAAAAUGCACUUUGAUUUAACAGCCUUUGAACGUAACAACAUGCUGCUGCUUCUGCAGCUAACCAGUCCAUCCAGUCAGAAGGCUUUGAUUUUGUUGUUAUGUGGCAUUAGAGGCGAGUACACGGUCUACCACACAAACUUUUAACCCUUAGAUUACUGCGCACAUACACUGGUAGUUUGAAACCAAUAUCUGGCCCUCUCAGAAUUUACACAAAGAGUUUUCAAUUAACCUACUGAAUGUAAUGACAGAGAAAAUUAGAAAUACAUCAAUGGUGCAGCCUGGAGUUGUAUAUGGUUCCAAUAAGAUGCUGAGAACAACACAUAAAAACCUCAUACCUGAACCAGAAUAAAUCAGAAAACUUUGAGAAUCCUGCACAGUUCCAGUUCUUUGAUCUAUUUUCCAGUCAUGAUUGACUGGUAUCUGUGAGAAGUGAUAUGGAUUCUUUUACUUCUAUUGGAUGUACUGUGCUGGUCCAGUCUAAACAUCCUAACCGAACUGUUUUGACUUUGACUUGACUAUAGUAGUGUUUUUUAGCUAAGCAUUAACUGUAUGGGUCUGUAUGGUUCAGUACUAACACUGAAUGGAAACAGUAGUGGCUGGUUGGUCUGACUUUGCCUUCUCUCUUCACUGUUCAGUUUGAUAGCAAACAUAUGACAUUUUACACAGCCACCUCUUUAGCUAAAAUGAAACUAACUCUAAAACUUUUUCAUUUUCUGCUAAUGUGUUAGAUAUGUUAAUGCUUUUAUGACUGCAAUCAUAAAAACUGUGUAUUUUUCUAAACUGUUUCUACACUGAUGUGAGAUUGGGAGAGCACAUUGUAAAAAUCAUGUCUGUAGACCUAAUCUUAACACAAUGUAAGUUUUUUGUACAAUAUGUGACU